UACUGUACUUGAGUACAAAUGUUUAUAAAACAGUAAUUAGAUCUACAGCAGCAUCUAAACUACAACAUUGAAAUACUGUUUAUAUUAUCUUGCAACAUUUUUUAUUCUUCAGUAUAUUUUGAUGUAAAAAACUUAGUGUUAGUUAAUUUAAGUAUUUGUUUUGAAUGCACAACCUUUACUUGUACUAGUGUAGAGUAUUUUAUCGUGGCAUCGCUACUAUUGCUCAAGUACAAGAUCAGAAUACUUUUUUCCACCACUGCCAAAGUGACCACAGAUAUUUGGGUCAGUGUGAACCGUGUGAACUCUUGCCAUCUUGUGCUCUGCUAUGUUGUUUAAUGAUCGGAAAUAUUUGUCAGUCUAAAAAUAGUCUAAUAGGGACACAUUUUGCAGAGCUCAUCCAUAACAAAAUGUCUGACACGGAAGAAGUCGCGGAGGAGGAAGUUCAGGAGCAAGAAGCGCAAGAAGAGGCCACAGAUGAGUCAAAGCCCAAGCCAAAGUUCAUGCCAAAUAUUGUUCCCCCAAAGAUCCCUGAUGGUGAUAAAGUGGAUUUUGAUGACAUCCACAGGAAGCGUCAGGACAAGGAUCUGUCUGAGCUGCAGUCUCUGAUCGAGGCUCACUUCAUCCAGAGGAAGAAGGAGGAGGAAGAUCUCCUCUCCCUUGUUAACAGAAUUGAGAAACGUCGUGCUGAGAGAGCAGAGCAGCAGAGGGUCCGGGCAGAGAAAGAGAAGGAGAGGCAGGCCAGACUUGCAGACGAAAAAGAGCGCAAGGAGAUGGAGGAGCAUCGUAAGAAGCACGACGACGAAUUCAAGAAGAAGAAGGCCCUCUCAAACAUGACCCAGCAGUACAGCGCUGGACAAAAGACUGAUAACAGAAGAGGAGCAAAGAAACAAACCGAGAGGGAGAAGAAGAAGAUGAUCCUGGCUGACCGCAAGAAGGCUCUGAACGUUGAUCAUCUGAGCGAGGAUAAACUCAAGGAGAAGGCCAGCGAGCUGUGGCAGUGGCUGAUGGGGCUGGAGGCUGAGAAGUUUGAUCUCGGGGACAAACUCAAAAGACAGAAGUACGAUAUUAACCAGCUUCUUGCUCGAGUCCAGGUUCACCAGAGCGCCAAAGGACGUGGAAAGGGCAAGAUGGGCGGCCGGCUGAGGUAA